UUUGACUGGUGUGAAAAGGAGCAAGGUGUAGCGACGGAAAACGUUUUGUGUGAGUUGAUUCCGGACUGCCACAAGCGUAUUAGGGAUGCAAUAGCUGAUCUGAAGUCCACUUUGGCGGAAAUGGAAGAAACAAAAUGGUCCAUACAUACCAUGGAUAAGAGUGAAAAGAUUGUCAUCGGGAAACGAGCAAGCGUUCUUCUUUGGCGUGGAAAUAAGCUCGUAGAGACACAAGUCGAAUUAGUAAUCCAAGACAACUGCAGAUGUAUAACCAGUACGAUACCCGAACUAGUGAUCAUAGAACUUGUAGAGGCAUAUCACCAU